ACAGCCCCCUGGGCAUAGCAGACUUGAGCCCCACCAGCUGCAGAAAUGAGGUCUAUUCUGAUCAUCACCCUUCUUAGCUGCUUCUGUGCAGCAUAUGAGGCUAAAAUCUUCUCCAAGUGUGAGCUGGCCCACAAGCUAAAGACCAAGGGAAUGGAUGGCUACCAUGGCUACAGCCUGGCAGACUGGGUCUGCAUGGCUCAAUAUGAGAGUAACUUCAACACCCGGGCCUUUAAUGGGAAAAAUGCCAAUGGCAGUAGUGACUAUGGGCUCUUCCAGCUGGACAGCAAGUGGUGGUGCAAAAACAGCCAUCAUUCCUCAGCAAAUGCCUGCAACAUCAUGUGCAGCAAGUUUCUGGAUGACAACAUCAAUGAUGACAUUGUCUGUGCCAAGAGGGUUGUGAGAGAUCCUAAGGGGAUGUCCGCCUGGAUGGCCUGGGUAAAACACUGCAAGGGCAAGGAUUUGUCCAAAUACCUGGCCAGCUGUAAGCUGUAAGAUGGCCAUGGAAUAUGGCUCCCGGAGAAGGUGGCCCUGGAGGCAAGGUAGUUCUUCAAGGUUCUUGGAAGCUCUGAAUUUCCCCUGCUCUCUGCCUCCAAAAUAAAAGUUACUCAAUUUCA